AGAUUAGGUCUACCAUGUCUACUCUCACAAUCUCAGAGAAACAGACGUAUACUUGUCACCUCUAACUGUCUGAGCUGUGCUGAGCUGAGCUACAACUAAUGCGUAGCUGCCUUAGGUUAAAUAAUCAGGGAUAAUAAAUAACUUAGAACAAGUCCAACUCCAAGUCGUUAAUUAAGAGCGGGGUUAAGAUUAAGAGUCGCGUUAUUAAGGGUUGCAAGUCAAGUUUCAUUUGCUCGAGUUGAAAUCAGGAUGGGAAUUCACAAUCUUUCGAGAUUGAUUGCUGACUGUGCUCCAGGAGCGGUGAGAGAAAAUGAAUUUAAAAGUUAUUUUGGGCGUAAAGUUGCCAUCGAUGCUUCUAUGUGUAUCUAUCAAUUCUUGAUUGCUGUUCGUCAGGAUGGUUCUGUACUGACAAAUGAAGAAGGUGAAACAACAAGCCACCUGAUGGGAAUAUUCUAUCGUACCAUCAGAAUGAUAGAGCAUGGACUCAAACCGUGCUAUGUGUUUGAUGGCAAGCCUCCUGAGAUGAAAUCUGGAGAACUGACCAAGAGGAAGGAGAUGAGAGCUGAGGCUGAGAAGGAGCUGGAGAAAGCUAAGGAGCAAGGAGACCAGGAAAACAUGAACAAGUUUGAGAAACGAUUGGUGAAGGUCACAAAGCAACACAACGAGGAAUGCCAGCAUCUUCUCAAGUUGAUGGGUGUCCCGUAUGUUAAGGCUCCGGGUGAAGCAGAAGCACAGUGCUGUGAACUGGUGAAGAAAGGCAAGCUUUAUGGAGUAGGAACGGAAGACAUGGAUGCCUUGACGUUCGGAGGCAACGUGCUACUCAGACAUCUCACAGUCAGUGAAGCAAGGAAAAUGCCAAUUCAAGAGUUUAACUAUCAGAGAGUUUUAGAGGGUCUUGGACUGAACAGACAACAGUUUAUUGAUCUGUGCAUUCUGAUGGGGUGUGAUUACUGUGGUACCAUCAAGGGUAUUGGUAUGAAGCGAGCCUUUGAACUGAUGAAGACCCAUGGCAGCAUCGAGACCAUUCUGGAGAAGAUAGACCAAAAUAAAUACCCUCCUCCUGAAGAUUGGCUGUACAAGGAAGCCAGAGAACUCUUUCUAUCUCCUGAUGUUACUCCUGGUGAAGAAUUUGAUUUCAAGUGGACAGCACCCGAUGAAGAAGCUCUCAUUGAAUUCAUGUGCACAGAAAAAGGAUUCAAUGAGGACAGGAUGAGAAAUGGAUGUAAGAAGCUAGUGAAAGCAAGAACAGGAGCAACCCAGGGAAGGCUAGACUCAUUCUUUACUCUCAAGCCUUCUGCAUCACCGGCUGGAAAGAGAAAGUCUGAACCACUGAAGGGAGCAGCACAGAAGAAGGCCAAGAAAGGCGGAGGAAAGUUUAAAGCAAAAUAGAAGAUCGAACGGUGAUGAUUAAUCUCUUUCAAGCCAUCCAAAAUAAUCUGUGUUGCAGAGACUUUGGUUUGUCUCAUUUGAAGAACCCACCAAAAUUUAUGCCUCGUGAAGAGGACUGUGUGACUCAACUAAAACCAUUUUUUUUACCGGAAAGAUCAAGUUAAGAGUAAAACAGAUUCUCUGGUGUUUCUCAUAUUUAUACGAUUGAUUAAAGCAUGUUGAUGUAGGGAAUACUAGGGAUACUCAAAGCGCUCUAGUCAGGAAAUAGACCCACUGUACUGGAUAAGUGCACAACUGGCCCAACAUCAUUCUGCUUCAGUUAAUUUGGUAUUCUUUUGAUUUUAAAUUGAAAGAACAGUCAUAUCCUCAAUAUCGAAGAUUUUACAAUUGUAAGUUUUGUAUAUCUACUUGAAUUGUCACUUUCCCAAGAUUUUUACUUGUAGUUAAAUUAAUCAUAUAGUGUGUAUAAAGCUUUACAUUGCAUUGUAUGUUGCUUUAUACAGAUCCAUAUAUAGUGUAAUCUACAAGGGUGCUACUGAAUUGUACUACAAGUACUAAAGUCAUUCCUACACAAUAAUUGAUAUAUGAAUACAAUUGAUUCCUCUUUAUUUCAUAACUUAUCACAAUGAAUGUCUUAAUAUUUUACAUUAUUGAAUAAACAGGGUAUAUACAAAAUAAAUAUACUUUGCUCAACAAGUAAUUCUAGUAUAAUUUACUCCAUAACGUUAGAUUUCUCAUAAAUAGAAAAGUUCGGAAGAAUGGAAUUCAUGAAUACUUUUGUUUGAUUCGAUGAAUACUGAAGACACGUAUGAAAUACAGUAGAUGGUUCCAAUUGCAUAGUCUUUGUAUUCUGCAUUUGCUACAAAAAAAAUACUUGUACUUCGUACAGCAGUGAAUUGGAAGAGAUUGAGCUCUGUACAGUAAACUCUUUGUUCAAAGUGAUGCACAUAUGCAUUCCGUGUACAAUACCAUUUCUGACUACUCCCUUGUAAUCAAUGUCAACGAAUGUGCUACAAUAUACUUUGGUAACAUACAUAUCCAGCCCCAUGGUGGUUAUUUUAUGGUCCACUUUUUGGCAGUUUUUACGGAAGCAAGCAAUUCAGCUAAGUAGUUGUAUAUACAUCAGCAUACACAGGAGUACAUCGGAAUCUAGUUAGAUGUGUACAGUACGAAAAAAAACUUUCCCCACUAGGCUCAGUAGAAUAGUCACCAAUUUUCACGUUUUCAAGUAUUUGUAAAGAAAUUGCUCUCAUAAAAGGAUGGGCAUGUACUAAAGGUAGUUCUUUUGAAAGUCAUAUGAAUUCUGAACAAUGUUUUGAAGCCUGUUUUGUAAAUAAAACAAUUUGGAAACAAA